UACGUAUAACCGUAAAAGUGAAAAAAGGAAAUAGCCAUUUUGUAUUCAAUUUCGUUUAUUAUUCGCCUGCACGCUGACGUAACUCCAUCUGGGCGGCGGAGGAAACCGGAUACCCCGGUCUCUAUGCACGUUACCACCCCUGAACCCACGGCGGCAGGUGUCGGACAGAACCAGCAUGGCGGACGACCCGUACACAGGCGACCCGCUAGACGUCUACAGGAAACCCGACAAACAGUUCUCCCAGGAAACGGUGGGGAUCGCGAAUACUUUACUGGAGAAGAAGGUGAGUUUGGGUCGUCCACCAAGUGCAACUAUGAGGAACAGGAAGGCUGCUAUUCUCAAUGAACUUUCAUCAGCCAAGAGUACCAGUAAGCACAAGGCAUUCCAUGUGCCCUCCCCUCCCGCUGUAAGAAAGGACACGACAAAACCAAACUUUCCUAACAGGAAGGUACGCAGUGCACAGGCGAGGUACUCCACUGGUGGUAAGCAGAAACCAGAGGGUAGGAAAGUAAAGAGUGCUCAGUCAUCAUACACACAGCAGGUAAAUCUGGGAGCACAGAAAAUUCAGGACACGAAACCAAACUUCGAAGCAAGGAACACGAGAACUAAACAACAAACAACAUUUCGUGACUUUCGGGAAGAUACAACACCACAAAGGACUCCUCCUACAUAUGAAGAAGUGGUUGACAGUUCUACCUCACAGUUAAGUAAUUUCUUCUUUAAGACUGAACUAGAAGAAGAGGAGGACACGUGUGUUGGGUUGGAUCCCUACAGGCUGGUUGGGAGUACAGCAGAGUGUUUCCCAUACAAGUGUGCCACGCCUGGAAACCAGGGGUCGGACUUGGACAAAGGCAGACAACAGGACGACCUUUAUGUUACAGCAAGAAAGGUGCCCUCAGGAAUUCGACCUCUCACCCCAUGGCUAACUGAAGAUAUUCCACCUGAAUGGUGUGGUGUUGAUCCUAAGGAGUGCCUUGUGUUCCUCCCCUCCCUGCGUACGGUGGACAGUCCCCCACCCUGCAUCCCUCCCAUGCAAUCACCUGUAGAUGAACUCCCCUUUACAAGCAUCCUGCCUCCUACAAAACCACAGAACCAAAAGAAACAUCAAAGAGUUAGUAGGGAGCAGAGAAGACACUCAGAAGGACAUGAAACUCCACAGUUUGGGGCGGUACAAAAUGUGGAGAUCUUCUCUAAAUCAGAUGGGAGUCUCCUACAUGCGAGCAAUGAAAGAGAGAAAUCUAUGAAGGAAAUCAGGAAAGAAAUAGAUGAGCUUGAUAGCAUCUUACAAGGAAUGGAAAGAGAAGAAACAGACAAUAUUGUGGUCCAGCAGCAAGAUAGCAUGUCCGACGACCAAAAACCUUUUACAAACGAGGCUCCAAUGAGACCGUCUGAGCCAAAAGCUGAAGGUAUAACCCACAUGCGAGAGUUAGAGGAGUACACAGAUGAGUGUGAGGUGGUGCUGGCUUCUAUCAGGAGACAGAGACAAGAGAGUCUACACGAGCUGGCACAACUGCACCCAGCACUGGCCAACAGAAAGCUGUCAUUAUAUUGUAGAUUGAAGCAAAAUGACAGACCAGACAGGAGCAAUGAAAGAGAGAAAUCCAUGAAGGAAAUUAGGAAAGAAAUAGAUGAGCUUGAUAGUAUCCUACAAGGAAUGGAACGAGAAGAAACAGACAAUAUUGUGGUCCAGCAGCAAGAUAGCAUGUCCGACGACAUAAAACCUUUUACAAACGAGGCUCCAAUGAGACCAUCUGAGCCGAAAGCUGAAGGUAUAACCCACAUGCGAGAGUUAGAGUACACUGAUGAGUGUGAGGUGGUGCUGGCUUCUAUCAGGAGACAGAGACAAGAGAGUCUACAGGAGCUGGCACAACUGCACCCAGCAUUGGCCAACAGAAAGCUGUCAUUAUAAUACAUAAUGGGUGAUCAUGUUACAAAAUAUACAAUAUUUUUUCACACACAAGUAUAAGCUGAAGAUUCUUCCUUCCUAUAGACCAAAAAUGUUUGGCUAAAAUAAAAUAAAAAAUGAAAUGUCUGAGAGGAUGAAACAUACAUUUAAAAGAUUAAUAUGUUUAGCCUUGUACUUAUAUCCAAUGAUGUAUUUCCAUGACCCAUUUGUAGUUGUAGAUUGAAGCAAAAUGACAGACCAGACUGGUGGAAUGUACAUAGUAGUCCAGUGAGUGCUGGUAAUAUCAAAAAGAACAUUUAGAGU